GUUUGACUCAGUGAAAUUGUGAAGCAGCAGGUAACUAACUACAGGCGCCACGCUUUAAACUGCGUAUGCGCCCUGAAAUCUCGCCAGACCGCGUCGCCCGCUCCCCCAACGUAGCUCGCGAUUGGCUGCCGGUUUUAAUAGGAAAUGGCCCGCGCUGCACCGCGCAUGCGCGUUCCAUUCAAUGUACGUCACUUCCCCCUAACGGCAGCUGUCGCGGCCGCUGAUUGGCCGAAGGUUUAAAUGGUGAACCACCCGCUUGUCUUUGAAUACUUUUGCGCCUUCUUUUGCCAAUUUUGAAACGUUGAGGCGAUGGGAGGGCGACUUUUUUGAGCGCUGAACGUCUUCUCGAAAACCUCAAAACACGAGCUGACCCACAACAAAGAAGGUGGCUUUAUAGAAACGGGACGAAGAAACAUUCAGUGUGUUCGACUGUGAGGAAGCCAACAUGAAGUGCCCGCAAUAUGACGCAGCCAAAGCCAAGAGGAACAUGGAAAGAGGCUCCCCGGAGAAGCCCUUGGGCCUCCGUGGGAAAGAUUCCCCCAUCAAGGACCCCCUCGCCUUCAAGCCCCUUGCUGAGAAGGUGUCCACAGUGUUGUUCCACAACGACACCCUCGGAGCGGCCCGUGACAAAGAGAACCGAACCCUAAAGGCGCACGAGAGGACUUUCGACGAGGCGUUAAAUGACAGCGGCUACUUGUCCUUGUACAACAGUCAUAUAGACGAAGACGACAAUCACGGUCAGGGCAAAACCAAAAUCCCGCUGCCCCUGCUCCCUCCAUGUGUGACACCAAAACGGUCCAAUCUAUGUCAAGCGGGUACGGUUUUAGACUGCGUUGUGAGCCUGGGGGCUUCUUCCACGCCCGUGGACCACUGCUGGCAGAAACCACCCAUGUUUGACUUGUCAUCCACCCCCUCUGAGCACCACCACAACCCCAACCUGCCCAUCAUCAAGUUCCAGCAAGCCGUGUGUCAAGAGCUCGCCAAGAGUUACAGCAAGAAUAAGAGGUACGACUGGAGUGUCAUCACUGAGGUGGCCAAGGAUCAUCUGCUGCACCAGGUGAUCGGCGGUGGCAUGGGCUGCGAGUUUGUGGACGUGUUCGCGUCUCUCCUGUCCAAGAACAUGAGGAGCAUCCUCGCCAACAUCCUGGCCCUUCUGGGAGACAUGGACCUCAUCAGUUGCAAGAAGGUGAGCAGGACGUGGACGAAGAUCGUACGUGAAAAUAGCGCUGCGCUGAGAAGGUGCCGGCAAGCUGAAAAGACGCUUCAGGAGUCAUUAAGCUCCGUGAAGCAAAAGAGUUGCGGUCUGACGAGAGAUGUGGUCGCGUCCCGGGUGGUGAUGUCCUGCAUGCAGAAAGUGGCCUCUCCGCACCCUCCGUCGUCGUCGUCCUCCUCUUUGGCGAGCGGCGGUGUCAACAGACGGACUGCUGCUCCAACGCAGAAACGGAACGGCAAAUCUCACUCGCAGAGUUCUUGCUUCAACGAAUACAUGCAGGCCGCCAGCAACUUGAAGCAGGACGAGUCCCUGCGGCGGUGCAGGCAGUGCGGCUCGCCCGCGGCGCGCUCUGCCGAGGCCCAGCGAGCCACGUGCACGCGGGCCAGCUGCAACUUCGUCUUCUGCACCCUCUGCCAGGAGGCCUUCCACGGCUCCGCCCCGUGCCGGAUGGCGUGCUGCCACACCCGCUUCCCCGCCUCGGGCAACGCCUACUCCGUCCUUCCUGGCAGCGCGCUGAGCAAGAGGAAUGUACGGAGGUUGUGACUGGGAGGGUGCGUGUGUUUUGCCUUUUUCUGUAUUGUUGCCAAAGAGGCGGGAUUUCAAAGGGGCUGUUGCCGUGGGCUUCUAAAUGUUCAUUUAAAGCGAGACUGCUAAAAUUAUACCGCCACGGUCGGCCCGACUGAAUUAACUGAAGCACUUGUUCUCAAAAGCAUCCUGAACUGUCACCCAAUCGGGGCUCUGUGUUUUCGUCAGUGACUGCAAAAAAAAAAAGACAAAAGAAAAUGCUGACACUUUAAAGUUGUUUUAAACGUGUUUUAAAGUGGUUGUAAAUAUUAACCUUUUUUAUAUAUAUAUGUAUAUUGUGCUAGUUUGUUUUAAAUAAAUGUAAGUUCUCUUGGAAACGUUGUGCAUAUUUACUGUACUGUUUGUAUUGACAGUUCCUGUUAAAUAGAUGCUUUAUAAAACUUCA